CCAGACAAGAACCGUGCUUUCCUUUUGCUUAACUCUUCCAGCUCCUCCAAAUCCUUCGAAUGCCCUCAACUGACUUUAGAACAACCAUCCUGAAAGGGCCCUCUACCUAGAUCACUUGCCGGCACUAUUAGUGUCCCUAUUGCGAAACAAAUUCCCAACGCAAACACAACGCCGGCAUUUCAUAGCAAGAGCCUUAAUGACCCAGGUGGCCAGAGCAGUCAGCUCUGCAGAUCUAGGCCCCAGGCUUUAUCAGACAACCUCCACGUCCCCACCCCCACAAGGAGCAGCAGAUGAGGCCGGAAGCAUCUGUAAAAUGCCGGCGCGGAUCUAACUCCCUAUUUUAUAGUUUAACUAAAAGUCUCCCUAGUAGUUGAGGCAGAGAUGAGUGGAGCUAGGUCUAACUGGAGUGAUUUAUACCUCCGAUUUCCUCAGCUCAGACUCUGCCUGACUGAGGAGAACUGAAUGACCAUUAGGAACAUUAAUUAGGCUUUGUAAUAAGACUAGACGUGGGCUCAAAAUCUGCCUCUUACUAGUACAAUCUUGGACAGUUCACUAGAGCUUUCAGUGGGUGUUCCCGAAGUAAAAUAAGGUCACAGGGCUUGCUUGAUCCUGGUGUGGCCAGCCAGCAAGGUCUUUGUACAUCUUCACCGUUAGUGAUAUCCAUGUGCUGCCACUGCCUCCACCUGAGACCAGGUAGCACUCAAUUGGCCACCCUACCGCAGCUCAGAGCAGAAGUGUGAGCUCACCUUGUUUCAGAGCUUCUCUACCAUGACUUCCAAAAAGCUGGUGAACUCGGUGGAAUUGUGUGCUGAUGAUGCCCUUGCGGGGUUAGUGGCCUGUAAUCCUAGCCUGCAGCUCCUGCAAGGGCACCGUGUGGCCCUGCGUUCUGACCUGGACAGCCUCAAAGGCCGGGUGGCACUUCUUUCAGGUGGAGGUUCCGGCCAUGAGCCUGCCCAUGCCGGUUUUAUCGGGAAGGGAAUGCUGACAGGGGUCAUUGCAGGAUCCGUGUUUGCUUCUCCAGCCGUGGGCAGCAUCCUGGCAGCCAUUAGAGCUGUGGCCCAGGCAGGCACAGCGGGCACCCUCCUCAUUGUGAAGAACUACACUGGGGAUCGACUCAACUUUGGAUUUGCCAUGGAGCAGGCCAGGGCCGAGGGCAUCUCUGUGGAGAUGGUGGUGAUCGGGGAUGACAGUGCCUUCACUGUUCUAAAGAAGGCAGGCCGGCGUGGCCUGUGUGGCACCGUGCUUAUCCACAAGGUGGCAGGUGCUCUGGCUGAGGAAGGUGUGGGGCUGGAGGAGAUCGCAAAGCGGGUGAGCCUGGUUGCCAAGGCCAUGGGUACCCUGGGGGUGAGCUUGUCCUCCUGUAGUGUCCCUGGCUCCAAACCCACCUUUGAGCUCGCAGCUGAUGAAGUAGAACUAGGCCUGGGGAUCCAUGGGGAAGCUGGUGUUCAACGAGUAAAGAUGGCACCUGCUGACCAGAUUGUCACUCUCAUGCUUGACCACAUGACAAAUACCUCCAAUGUAUCCCAUGUGCCUGUACAGUCAGGCUCUUCAGUGGUGCUGAUAGUCAACAAUCUGGGUGGCCUGUCUUUCCUGGAACUGGGCAUCAUCGCUGAUGCUGCCAUACGCUUGCUGGAGGGCCGUGGGGUGAAGGUCGCCCGUGCCCUGGUGGGCACCUUCAUGUCAGCACUAGAGAUGUCUGGUGUUUCCCUUACCCUGCUGCUUGUGGAUGAACCCCUGCUGAAGCUGAUAGAUGCUGAAACUACUGCAACAGCCUGGCCUCACAUGGCCAAGGUGUCUGUGACUGGGCGGAAGCGGAUCCGAGAAGCUCCCAAAGAACCUCCAGAGGCCCCUGAGGCCACUGCAGCAGGAGGUGGAGGAGCAAAGCAGAUGACGCUUGUGCUGGAGCGGGUGUGCACCACACUGAUUGGACUGGAGGAGCACCUGAAUGCCUUGGACAGGGCUGCUGGUGACGGGGAUUGUGGCAUUACCCAUAGCCGUGCUGCCAAAGCCAUCCAGGGCUGGGUAAAGGAGGGCCCAGCUCUAGCUAGCCCUGCCCAGGUACUCUCCAAACUGUCUGUCCUGCUGCUGGAGAAGAUGGGAGGCUCAUCUGGGGCGCUCUAUGGUCUGUUCCUGACUGCGGCUGCCCAGGCUCUCAAAGCCAAGACUGAUCUCCCAGCGUGGUCUGCUGCCAUGGAUGCCGGCCUGGAGGCCAUGCAGAAGUAUGGAAAGGCUGCACCAGGGGACAGGACAAUGCUGGAUUCUCUGUGGGCAGCAGGACAGGAGCUGCAAGCCUGGAAGAGCCCAGGAGCCAGUCUUCUCCCAGUCCUGACUAAAGCAGUCAAGAGUGCUGAAGCUGCAGCCGAGGCCACCAAGAACAUGGAAGCUGGCGCUGGAAGAGCCAGUUACAUCAGCUCUGCACGACUAGAUCAGCCAGACCCUGGAGCAGUGGCAGUUGCCGCCAUCUUCCGCGCCAUCCUGGAAGUCUUGCAGACGCAGGGAGCAUAACUGCCUUUUUCCUCCUCAGCUCCUCUCCCUGUUUACUUCCUCUUGCCUUCAGAUGGGCACCUUACCCCUCACUCACCCUAGCACCCAUCCUCUGCCACCCCUCCAGAACUGUUCCGUGAACAGUAAGUGUCUGGCUGGGCAGAUCACAUGCCCUGCCUCACUGCUCUUCCCUCUUCAGGAAAAGGAGUCCCUGGGGUCAUGUUCUCCCCACCCCAGCCAGCUCUGAAUGUCAGUGAUAAGGCUUUUCCUGAGUACAACGCAGCCUCUAACUGGGUGUACCUCUUUGGUUUCAAGACUCCAGGCCUCGUCCUCUGGAAGGCAUCUUACACUCACCCAGCCAGCGUGUGAAAGAAAACUAAUAAAACCCAUUGAAGCCACAA